UCUUUUUUUUUUCUCCUAGCGGUAGAUACAGCCCGACUUCUCACGGUUCAAAGUUACACCAGGAACCAGCAGUAAAACGUUUUAUUAUGUUUUUUUUCAUAUACUAAAUGGCGUAGACGGCACCACAGUGUCUUCCGCCGAUAAAUGAGAGAAAAAACCGAUGUGGUUGUCGAUAGAAGAGCUGCUGUCUUCAGCUUUUCUGGACCAAGGUUGAUGUGUUUUUUUUUCUCAGGAUUUCGGCAGUUUCAUAGACGCUGUGCCAACGAUGAAUAAGAGACGUGGCCGGCUGUGGAGCACAGCAGGCCUGGACCCUGCCCUACGACACCAAGGCUGAGGAGCUGCAGAGGAACGAAGGGCCCUCUUUACCCACCUUAGCUGUCAUCUUUGUGUUUUGAUCCAGUUCUCAAGCUGAUCUUUGCUAAUAUUUAAGAAGAACCCUUCUUCCCUCCUGUUUCCAUCCACCAGCAUUCUUAUUUGAUUAACUUUAUGAAGCAGCCAUGAGGAGCAGCAGAUCCAGUCUCCUCUUGGGCUGCGUGCUCCUCUGCUCCGCCUCCCUACUUUACCUGGGCAUGAGUGGGAUCGAGUGCCCUCCAAAAAGCCAUCGCCAUAGGUGGAUGGAGCUCAAUCUUGGUUUGGCCAAUCAGAGCUUAUCCCUGACUGAACACUUCCCUGAAGACACGCCCCUGAUCUUUAUCGGAGGCUUCCCAAGGAGCGGCACUACACUGAUGCGCGUGAUGUUAGAUGCUCACAGUCACGUGCGCUGUGGAGAAGAGACUCGAGUGAUUCCCCGCCUCCUGGCCAUGCGGGCUACCUGGAGCAGAUCGGUGAAAGAAAGGAUACGACUGGACGAGGCCGGGGUCACAGACCAGGUGUUGGAUUCAGCUGUAAGAGCGUUCCUGUUAGAGGUGAUAGUGGGCCAUGGGGAGCCGGCUCCUCGCCUCUGCAACAAGGACCCAUUUGCUUUAAAGUCCCUCUCCUAUCUGUCCCGCAUCUUCCCUAAAGCUAAAUUUGUGCUCAUGCUGCGAGACGGGCGAGCAACCGUUCACUCCAUGAUAUCGCGCAAGGUGACCAUCUCUGGCUUUGACCUGACCAGCUACAGGGACUGUCUGACCAAGUGGAGCAGCGCAGUGGAGACCAUGUACAGUCAGUGCCAGGCAGCUGGUGAGGCUCGAUGUCUUCCCAUCCGCUACGAGCAGCUCGUCCUCCAUGCAGAGGAGGAAAUGAGGAAGCUGCUUCACUUCCUGGAUCUGCAGUGGGACUCGUCAGUGCUGCACCACGAAGAGCUGAUUGGAAAGGCUGGUGGUGUGUCUCUGUCCAAGGUUGAGCGCUCCACUGACCAGGUGAUGAAGCCAGUGAACACUGAAGCACUCUCUAAGUGGGUCGGGAACAUUCCCUCUGAUGUGCUAAGUGACAUGGCUGAAAUUGCUCCCAUGCUGGCUCGCCUGGGCUACGACCCCCACGCCAACCCCCCAGACUACACAAGGCAAGAGUCGGUGCUGCCUCCAUACAACUACUCACAGAGUCUGAAGGAUACAGAGACCCCUCGCUCCAGUUAAGUCAAGAGAACAAACUCUAAAGUCAGAUUUGCAAAUGGGUGCACCUUAUGAACAUUGACGUCCAGAUCAGCAGUAAUUUCACCUCACAGGAAUGUUUUUAAAUUAUUCCAUGUGUAUUUUUGAAUUGUUGUUAAGACUUGUGCUGGACUGAGUAACGUGGGCUAACCAGGUGUUUUUUUUUUUUUGUUUGUUUGUUUGUUUAAAUCUCAGAUUUUAAAUUACUCAAGGACUUUCAGACUUCAUGGUGAAAUAACAGUAUUGAACCUCAUUUUGACGUGUCUGUUCACAUCAUACCUGAAAGUAUUUCAACAUAUUUGUACAUUGUUAUGAUUCACCACAAAUGUGAAUGUGUCGUAAGACAAAUCUGUCACUUGCUGAGAGCUCAGUCGGUGUUCAUGAAAAGAAUGAUUGUAUAUUUUUGGAGACGUAUGUUUAUUUUCUUAAUAAAUUAUUUUGCUGUUGAUCAUUCAUUCAGGAAUCUAAAGCUGUUUCUUCUAAACCGUGGAUUUUUAAUUGUUGUACAAUGUUGAACAUGAAUAAAAGAGUCUACAUGUCA